UCAUAUUUGUUUCUGCCUAUAUUAACAAACAAAAAAUAAACCAAACAAGCCAUAACGUAGGGUUACAUUACAAGAAGAGAGAGGAGCCACCAGAGAACAAAAGAUGGAAAAGUGAUUUUUCUUUGUUUCACUAGUCUUGUCUUUGUCCAUGUUCUGAUUCAACAUUGGUUAGAAAAAUAUAAGAAACUUAUAAACACGCCUUUAAUUUGUGGGUAGCAAAGAUAACAAGUAAACAGGAAAUCAAUUGUUCUACUAUGGAAGAUGUCAAUAUAAAAGCUGGUGUGAAUGAAGAAGAUGGUUUAUAUACAGAAGAUGGAACAAUUGACAUUCACAAAAACCCUGCCAACAAGAAAAAGACAGGAAAUUGGAAAGCAUGCCGCUUUAUUCUCGGAAAUGAAUGUUGUGAAAGAUUGGCUUACUAUGGCAUGAGUACAAACUUGGUGAACUAUCUCGAAGACCGUUACGGACUUGGAAAUGCAGCUGCUGCAAAUACUGUCACAACUUGGUCGGGAACAUGUUACAUCACACCAUUGCUUGGAGCCUUUUUAGCUGAUGCAUACUUGGGAAGAUACUGGACAAUUGCCAGUUUCUCGAGUAUCUAUGUCAUUGGAAUGGGGCUUUUAACAUUUUCCGCUAUUGCACCUGGACUAAAGCCUUCAUGUGAUACUGAUGGGUGCCAUCCGACGUCAGGACAAACUGCAGCCCUUUUUAUAGCACUCUACUUGAUUGCGCUUGGAACCGGCGGUAUUAAACCAUGUGUUUCAUCCUUUGGUGCUGACCAAUUUGAUGAAAACGACGAGACUGAGAGGAAAAAGAAAAGCUCAUUUUUCAAUUGGUUUUACUUCUCUAUUAAUAUCGGUGCACUCAUUGCUUCCUCGGUGUUGGUUUGGAUACAGAUGAAUGUCGGAUGGGGAUGGGGUUUUGGAGUACCUGGAGUUGCAAUGGUUAUCGCCAUUAUAUUUUUCUUCAUCGGUAGUAGAUGGUAUAGACUUCAAAUACCAGGUGGAAGUCCUCUUACAAGGAUUUGUCAAGUUAUUGUUGCAGCAUUUAAGAAACUUGGGCAACAAGUUCCAGAUGAUAAGUCUCUUCUUUAUGAGACUACUGAUGUAGAAUCUAACAUCAAAGGGAGCCGGAAACUUGAACACACAAAUGAAUUGAAGUGUUUGGAUAAGGCAGCAGUAGAGACAGAAUCCGACCGGAUAAAAGAUUUACCGAAUCCAUGGAGGCUCUGCACAGUAACACAAGUCGAAGAACUCAAAUCAGUCGUUCGUUUACUCCCCGUUUGGGCAUCACUGAUAGCCUUUGCAACAGUAUACAGUCAAAUGGGAACCAUGUUUGUGUUACAAGGCAACACAAUGGAUCAACACAUCGGUCCUAAAUUCAAAAUUCCAUCAGCAUCCCUCUCCCUUUUCGACACUCUAAGUGUCAUCUUCUGGGCCCCGGUCUACGACCGUCUCAUCGUCCCUUUCGCAAGAAAGUACACUGGUAAUGAACACGGUUUCACACAGCUUCAAAGAAUCGGAAUCGGCCUAGUCAUCUCAAUCAUUUCCAUGAUCGUGGCAGGGAUUCUAGAAGUCAUACGCCUCGACAUUGUCCGCAAAAACAACUACUAUGACCUCGAAACCAUCCCUAUGUCGAUCUUCUGGCAAGUACCACAAUAUUUCCUAAUAGGUGCCGCUGAAGUCUUCACUAAUAUCGGUCAGAUGGAGUUCUUUUAUGGUCAAGCACCCGAUGCUAUGAGAAGUUUGUGUGCUGCACUUUCACUCACAACUAAUGCAUUGGGAAAUUAUGUGAGUACAUUGCUUGUUACUAUUGUGACAAAAGUUACUACAAGAAAUGGAAGUCUUGGUUGGAUUCCAGAUAAUAUGAAUAGGGGUCAUCUUGAUUACUUCUACUGGCUUUUGACAAUUCUUAGUUUGAUCAACUUCAUUGUGUAUCUAUUGAUUGCUAAGAGGUAUACAUACAAAAAAGUGACUCAUCUUAGGUGAGAAAUGUACCUUGAUGAGUAAACUGAGGAAUUGAAGCUUUUGAUUAAGUAUUGAGAUUUCACAAAUAUUUGUAUCUAAACCUGAAUUGCGUAGGUAGAUUCUUAGGAAAUGUUUGUAUCUAAACCUGCAAAUAUUUCUGUGUGGAUGAUUCCUGGAGUAAUCUCAUGUUUGGUAGAAAAGAGUUAAAAAAAUAUAUAUUCUCAAUAAACUAUUCGCAGGACUAAAAAUUUGUUCUCAA